GCUCCCUGUUUUCUGUUGUCUGGCACGAAUUUCGUGAUUUCUGGAACAAGAGUCCUCGACUUCUAAUCCGUCCAAGAAGAGCGUCCUUCGAGUUGUUGGCAAAGGAUUCCGACCGAUGAUAGUCGUGCACCUUCAAGAGUCUCUUCACAUUAUUCUUCCAAAGCAUCGUCGCCAAAUCCAUGUUGCAGUGAAUUAUGCCUUCCUCCAUCAGCCCCUGUUUAUUCUUCACUUUCCGUAUCAAGCCACGUGGCAUACUCGGGUUGAGUGUAGCAUUUUCUUACAACUAUAUUUUUGAAAAGUAGUUUAACUCGUUGGUGGGACGUGGAGGAAGAGAAAGAGGCGCGCCAAUAUCUCGCCUUCUUUUCUUUUGACCUGCAAACCAUCCUAAACAGGGUCAAUCUGCAAGACCCAAUUCGCCAGAGCGCUCAGAAACUCGAUAUUCACAUCUUUUGCAGAAUUUUCCGGUGAAUAUAUGAGGGUUAAUUGAUUUCCGUGAGAUUUCGUCAGGAGGGCCGCUUUGUAAUUGGAGAAGCUAUUGAUUUUCGACAAGUUGGUGACUGAUUGAGGCUCCCAAGUUUUUUGUUUUGGGAAUGUAUAUGGUUCUUGUUUAGAAGGAUACUAGGAAUUUUGAUGAGAGGCCAAAGUGGGAGAAAGCAUAUGCAUCUAUGAAGACUGGUGAAGGGAAGUCGCCGAUGCAGUUGUCCGUUGAGCUUGCUUCUUCUUCGGCGUUUAAUUCCUUACGCAAGUUUCAGAUGGAAUGGCAGAUCCUGCUAGCUAUGGGAAUCAUGAGCGUGAUAUUGAACAAGCACUCACUGCAUUAAAAAAAGGUUCCCAGUUAAUCAAGUAUAGCCGGAAAGGGAAGCCAAAACUUUGUUCAUUCAGAAUUUCUACUGAUGAAACUACACUAAUCUGGUAUUCACAUGGAGAAGAACGAACUCUGAAAUUAGCUUCUGUCUCUCGAAUUAUCCCUGGACAAAGAACGGCUGUAUUUAGAAGGUAUUUGCGCCCAGAAAAGGAUUACUUGUCAUUUUCUCUUCUAUAUAACAACGGUGAACGAACACUUGAUCUGAUCUGCAAGGACAAAGCUGAGGCAGAGGUAUGGUUUGCUGGCCUUAAGGCACUAAUUACUUCAGGACAACAACGUAGUAGACGUACUAAGAGUGAUAUUUAUGAUUUGCAAGACUGUGCUGAAUCUGUUAAUGGUCGUCCUUUUGGUGCGGCCUUAGAAUUCACUUCGAGCAUUGCCCGUGGUAGGGGAUCCGUUGAUUCUCGUGAAUCAGUGAAUUUUUCAGGCUCAGAUGUGGGUUCAGAACGUGCAAAUAUGCAACUAAGAACAAGUGCAGGAGAUGGUGUUCGAAUUAGUGUUUCAAGCACUCCUAGCUGUUCAAGUGGAGGGUCAGGACCUGAUGACAUUGAAUCACUAGGAGAUGUUUAUGUUUGGGGAGAGAUCUGGUCUGAUGGAAAUGGACCUGAUGGGUUCACAAAUUCAAUCCCUACAAAAACCGAUGUGCUGAUUCCAAAGCCCUUGGAGUCGAAUGUUGUUCUUGAUGUUCAGCAGAUAGCUUGUGGUGUGCGACAUGUUGCUCUUGUAACAAGGCAAGGGGAGGUUUUUACCUGGGGAGAGGAAUCUGGGGGAAGACUUGGUCAUGGAAUUGAUAGAGACUUUAGUCGUCCUCGCCUUGUUGAGUUCCUUGCAAUUAAUAACAUUGAAUUUGUUGCAUGUGGUGAGUACCACACAUGUGCCGUAUCUACGUCAGGUGAUUUGUUUACGUGGGGUGAUGGUACACAUAAUGCUGGACUUCUUGGUCUUGGAACAGAUGUUAGCCACUGGAUACCUAAAAGGGUUACCGGUCCUUUAGAAGGACUUCAGGUUCUAUCUGUUGCGUGUGGCACGUGGCAUUCAGCUUUGGCAACUUCAAAUGGAAAGCUGUUCACGUUUGGAGAUGGAGCGUUUGGUGUUUUGGGCCAUGGAGAUCGAGAGAGUGUUCCGUAUCCAAGGGAUGUACAGUUGUUGAAUGGGCUAAAGACGAUAAAAGUAGCAUGCGGAGUUUGGCAUACUGCAGCAAUUGUAGAGGUUAUGGGCCAGUCUGGUGCAAAUGCUUCAUCUCGUAAGUUGUUCACCUGGGGUGAUGGUGACAAACAUCGUUUGGGUCACGGAAGCAAGGAAACUUAUCUGCUUCCCACCUGUGUCUCUUCACUUAUUGACUAUAAUUUCCACCAGCUAGCAUGUGGACACACUAUGACUAUUGCCCUCACCACAUCAGGUCAUGUGUUUACCAUGGGCGGAACUGCUUAUGGUCAGCUAGGCAAUCCAACUUCUGAUGGGAAAGUACCUUGCUUAGUACAGGAUCGAUUGAUUGGUGAGUUUGUCGAAGAAAUAUCUUGUGGGUCAUAUCAUGUUGCUGUCCUGACAUCAAGAAGUGAAGUGUUCACUUGGGGAAGAGGGGCUAAUGGAAGGCUGGGACACGGGGACACAGAAGACCGGAAAACUCCAACUUUGGUUGAAGCCCUGAAAGAUAGGCAUGUGAAAAGCAUAUCGUGUGGCUCAAACUUCACAUCUAGUAUAUGCAUCCAUAAGUGGGUCUCUGGAGCUGAUCAAUCAAUUUGUUCAGGUUGUCGACAGACAUUUGGUUUUACUAGAAAGAGGCAUAACUGUUAUAACUGUGGAUUAGUCCAUUGCCAUGCUUGUAGUUCCAAAAAAGCACUGAGGGCAGCAUUGGCCCCGACUCCUGGAAAACCACACCGUGUAUGCGAUGCUUGUUAUGCAAAACUUAAAGCUGCUGAGGCUGGUAAUGCUUCCAAUGUUAGUAGGAGAUCUACGAUCACACGUUCAAUGGAUAGCAGGGAUUUUCUAAAUAGGGGAGAGGUGAAAUCUUCAAGGAUUCUUCUCUCUCCCACUACAGAACCCGUUAAAUACCUUGAGAUCAAGUCCAUGAAGCCUGGGGGUGUCAGAUCCGAGUCCCCUUCUAUAGUCAGGGCUUCCCAAGUUCCAUCCCUUUUACCACUAAAAGAUAUUCCGUUUCCAAGUUCAUUGAGUGCACUUCAAAACGCUUUGAAGCCUGUCAUGACAAUGCUGCCUCAGCCCAAUUCAAGAUCUACUUCACCAUAUUCGAGGAGACCUAGUCCUCCGCGGUCUACAACUCCUAUAUUCUCUAGGAGUGUUAUUGACAGUCUUAAGAGGACAAAUGACACUCUGACUCAAGAAGUAGUGAAGUUGCAAAACCAGGUUAAAAGUCUGAAGCAGAAGUGUGAUGCUCAAGAUGUAGAGAUACGAAAACUAAAUAAGCAUGCCAAAGAAGCUGGCUCAUUAGCCAAUGAACAAUACUCUAAAUGCAGAGCUGCCAAAGAACUUGUCAAGUCCGUCGCUGAACAGAUGAGGGGGUGGGAAGACAAGAUACCUCCUGAGAUUUUUGACAGCGAUACUUUCAAAGCAUUGCGUACGCAAGCUAAAGAUUUUAUGAACAUGAAUAUUGGAAGCUCAAGCUCAGAGCUAGGCCAACACUAUGCAGCCGAUAGAACUUCCUUGGUUGUUGAGUCUUCUAGAAUGGAAGACAAUAGAGCAGACGACUCUGCAGAGGCUGAACCUCAAAACAGGUCAGAAAACCGCUCGAGGUCACCUGAAUCAUCAACACUGAGGACAGAAAACAACAGAGCGGAAGACUUUGCAGAGGCUGAACCUCAAAACAGCUCAGAAAACCGCUUGAGGUCGCCUGAAUCAUCAACGUCGCAUAGAGGACAAAAGGAAGUCAUUGAACAAUUUGAACCGGGCGUUUAUGUAACUCUCCUUCAACAACAAAAUGGUACUAGGAAUUUUAGGCGUGUUAAAUUCAGCAAACGAAAGUUUAGUUCGGAACAGGCAGAAGAAUGGUGGAAAAAUAACAAAGAUAGGCUGCUUAGGAGAUAUAGUCAGCCGAGUGCAAGUCCUGCUCCGAGUGCAAGUCCUGCUCCGAGUGUACCACCAACCAGCAGUCCUGUACCGCCGGAGGAAAACAGCGAGGCAGCCGCAGCUUCCCCGACUUAGUUUCAUAACUUAGUCUCUUACAGUAUGGUAUAGAAAUUUGGUAAGUAGGAUCAAAGGAUCUGCUUUAGAAUGGCAGUGUAUGAAUCAGUUAGGUGUAAACUUAUCUUUGUUCAGAACAGAACAAAAUAGAGCAACAUCUUCUUCUUUUUUUCUAAUGGAAAUAUUGAGAGAAUUUCUCCUCCUUUGAAAAGAAGAGCUUCAAUAUAAUUAUUUCAUCCA